UCAUCAUGGGCGCUAUUAAUCCACGGUAGACAACGACCGGCUGACAGACCACCCGAAGUGUGCAGAGUGCGGCCGUGUGUUAUCUAGUAUUAUCAUACGAACAGUAACAAAGACAGUGCUGUUGCUGGUUGUGCAGCUGCUGCAACCGUCUACGGCCUAUCGGCUACGGCGACUUCUGUGGUUUUGCCAAAGUGAGUGGUGUUCUUCGAGCAACAAACGUUGAAAACGAAGCACUGCCGGGGUUCAAAGAGGAAGCAGCUUUUAUGUUGCCACUGGAAGGCCUCUCAGUUUUCGUUGCUUUAUAGAUCCUAACUAAUAGUUUAUUGCCCUGAACAUCAAACAGGAUGGACGUCCGUUACGGAAACGCGCUUCGACGCCUGAUAGCUCCAGACCAUCGUGUGGUGGGUUGCAUCCGUUGUACACUCUCUCGGGGACGUAAGAGCGUGCCACGGGUAUGCGUCCUCGUUGAGCAUCUUAAGGAACACUGCCUUCUUGUCUGCACAGAAGAAGCCGGAGGACCUCAAGUCACCUCCCCAGCCAUUGUGGCCAGUAGUUGUGGUUCAAAUACACAAAUUAACCCAGCAGCGGCCGUGCUAUCGUCCGACUCACGAAUGCCAAUCAACUCAGACUUCAAAUUCGAUGUUGAGCCAAUCAUCGGUUCGGGCCCUACCGGGAGAACUAUUACUGCCACGAUAACAUAUAAGAAAAAGCGCCUCAUCUUUGAAGUUGAUUAUAGCGAUAUUGCCUCGCAGUUUGUACGGAUGGUAAGCAAAGCUGUCGAGAAUGCAAGUUAUCGGACGUUCCCUUCUAGCGACUACCAUUGGGUUGAGGUUUACAAAAAUAGUAGCAAAUUCUUUCUUGCCACAAAUCCUGAUGAUCCUGACGAUGAUUCGGUGAUUGAAGAAGGCCAGCGUAUGGCUUCUCGAGAAUGUAUGGUAAAAAAUCUUAUGCAGGAACGCGAGGAAGAGUUCACAGUACUCAACCAGCUCCGUAUAUUUUCUGCGACCUGGAAUGUGAACGGCCAAUCCCCUGGACCGGAGUCGCUAUCAGGAUGGUUGUCGAGUUCGUCUCCGAUGGAGCCCCCAGACGUAUACGCAAUCGGUUUUCAGGAAGUCGACCUGUCAAAGGAAGCAUUUGUUUUUGCAGACUCUCCCCGGGAAAAAGAGUGGCUUAAUGCAGUCAAGGCAGGACUACAUCCACGGGGCAACUAUCGAGAAGUGAAGACGGUUCGGUUAGUUGGAAUGAUGCUUUCGGUGUUUGUCGACGAGAAGCAUUUAGAGUAUGUGACAAACGUGGAUUCAUCGUAUGUAGGUACCGGUGUCCUCGGUAUGAUGGGUAACAAAGGUGGAGUCGCGAUUCGCAUGGACCUUCAUUCGACUUCUGUCUGCUUCGUCAAUUGUCACCUCGCUGCACAUGCAGAAGAACGAGACCGGAGAAACCAAGACUUUAAUGAUAUCCGGAACAAAAUAAUGUUCAACAGUCUUCGUCCUAACCGAACGAUUCGUGAACAUGACCACAUCUACUGGAUCGGCGAUAUGAACUAUCGUCUGCAGGACACAAAUCGCGAAAUGGUUGAGUUGGUGUGUGCAUCGGGUAACUUUGCGCCUCUGUGGGAACGUGAUCAGUUACGGGAUCAGCAACACAAAGGGUUUAUCUUCGUUGGCUUCGAAGAAGGAGCGUUAAAUUUCAGGCCCACAUAUAAAUAUGACGUGGGUACCAGUCGUUGGGAUACAAGUGAAAAGGCACGAGUGCCUGCCUAUUGCGAUCGCAUCCUCUGGCGUGGGUCGGCCAUCCAGCUGCUCACGUACCGUAGUCACGAUGAAUACACGAUCUCAGAUCACAAACCCGUUUCAGCGCUUUUUAGCUCAGGCAUUCGCGUGGUGGAUGCGGCUAACCGUAAGGAAGUUUACCAGGAAGUAAUGAAACAACUGGAUAAAGAAGAAAACGACUUUCUCCCUCAGGUCGCUGUGGAUCAGCACUAUCUUCAUUUCAGUGACGUACACUUUUACGAACGAGUGUCAAGAUCCUUCAAGGUUACAAAUACCGGUCCUGUUAUCGUGAAAUUCCUUUUCAAAGAACAACCAAAGAGCAAACGGUAUUGUCGGCCUUGGCUUAAAGCCGACCCGUAUAACGGAACACUCAAAAAGGGGGAAUCGUGCGAUAUCACCUUAGAGGUCUUGGUGGAUACGACGUGCGCGGCAGCUCUAAACAGCGGCAUUGAACGGACAAGCGACGUCCUUGUGUUGCAUCUUCAGGAAGGAAAGGAUAUCUUCAUAUCUGUUGAUAUCGACUAUCGCCAUUCUUGUUUUGGGUGUUCUCUCGAGGCUCUGGUUCGGCAUACGACGCCAAUUGGGCUAAUGGCAAAAGAGGCGCUUUUUGCACUGGAAAAAGAUCCUGAAAGAAAUGCAGAGCUCGGUAUUCCAUUUGAAAUACCAACAGAACUGUGGGUUCUUAUUGACGGUUUGAACCGGAAAGGACUCGAAGUAGAGGGCCUCUUCGUAAAGUGUGGUAGUUCAACGGAUAUUCAGAGCGUUCGUGAAGCUCUGGAUAAUAAAAUGCCCGAUGGAAACUUUGAAGCGAGUGUAUUCUCAGUGGCUGAAUGUCUGCUACUAUUUUUGAAUUCAUUACGAGAGCCGGUAAUACCGUUUUGCUUUUUCAAAAAGUGUUUGGAUAGUGCUUCGACGUAUACGCAAGCGAAGGCGGUAUUGCGAGAACUGCCAAAAGUACAUAGAGAUACUUUCAGAUACUUGGUCGUCUUCCUGCAAGAGCUGCUCAGGUCUUCACAGUUCAAUAAGCUUGAUAUUAAUCUGACUUCUACGAUCUUCAGUUCUGUCAUGAUCAGACCGCCGCAAGAGUCACAAAUGAGUCCCGCAAUUGAACGUACUCGGUGUACAUUUCUCUACCACUUUCUUGUCAAUCCCUGCGAAAUAUAAGGGAUAAGACGCAUUUGAUUGGAUUUGCUUACCUGUGAUGAUUGUAGGCCACCUGUCGCUGCAUCGCAAACAGCUGACACGUUGCAUGGCUUAUGUUUUGAUGCUGCCAAUUCAACGAUGCUGUUACACAUACAUAACCUGUCAUCGAUGAUAUUAUAUCUAAACUGUGCCGAUGCCCGCAAAGAAGGAUCUUGUCAGAAGCCUGUAACGCAAAACAGAUCACGAUGAGGUCGCUUUAUGGUCACGAAAAAUCAGUUGUGCUAUAUCCCACUACCCUUAAACGAGUUAAAUGAAAAGAGAAAAGGCUGAUUGUUGGACGUUCACGGUUAAAAUACACACAGAGGCUGAGUGAGGGAUUUGAUGGUAUUUUUUCAUUGGUUCAUAUCGUCUCGUCGAGUCAUUGGUUUUCUUGAAGGCGACUAAAUAUACUAAGUGUCUGAAUGGGUGUUUGUGCAUAUUGUCGAAAAACGAGUAUUUGUUCUUUAUGGCCUUGGGGUUUAGGAUGGAUAGUAUAUAUAUGCGGAGUGUUGAUUAGAGCAACUUGCUAUAACGAUGAAGAAAUAAUUCAUGUCAAAGGAGAAAACUGUCCGCUCAGAGGAUUUUUCGGUAAAAUACUGAUUAUUGCCAAUAUCUGCUACCGAAUACGCCGAGAUUCUACCGCUACUGUUGUGUUGGCAUGCAUGUCUUCCUGCGAUAUGUGAUGGCAACAUGUAUUGGACGAAUAUUGGUCUAGUAAUGAUAGUAAUUAUAAUAAAUAAGAGUAUUAUAUGUAUUUAGACAUCAAAGCAACAUUCCUAGACUGACGACGUUGCCACUCUUAGUGUAUGUGUAGCGUACGAUCUGCAUAUUGGGUUCUUGUUCAGAGGGUUUCCUAGGGGGGUGACACACGAUUGGCCGAUACGGUGAGCGCACCGUUGUUGUGUAUAUAUGAUAUAUAAUAAUAUAGCAAAAUAUAUAUAUAUAUAUAUAUAGAUAUGUGGCAGAGAAACUUUGUAUGUUAUGCAGUGGCACAAUCCGGGCAAAAAACACGACUUCGAGCUUCCGUUUGUUGCGUCGUUUUCGAUUGUAAGUUGUAAAUACAAAAGCGAUAUAGCCGAUAUUAGAAAAUCACCGAUGAAUGAACACACACGGAGAAAAUAGCGAAGACACUGGCAGUGAUAAAUGAUAGCAGUAUGUGACAAACAAAUAUUGUAUCUAUUAGCAUUGACAGGCAAUAUAUAAAGAGAAGCUGAGAAAGGGAGGGUACAAAAUAACACCAAUGAACUAUUGGCUACUAUAGGCAUAUGCGCCAACAGAAAAUUUGUGUUCGGGAUUCAGCAUCCCAACAACCGCCGUUUGUGUCGCCUGGUAUUGUAGUCAAAAGUCUGCUGAUAUAAUUACAGACUAUUAUAGAUAGGCUUACGAACAACGAUGGAUGGUAAAAACGACUUUAGGAGACUGAAUGACAGUAAUAAGGUUUUAUUGUAUAUCGAAAAUAAGUGGAAAUAAAGUUAACAAAACUC